GUUCUUACUCUAUAAUUUGAGGUCCAUUAUGAAGCUGAACAUUCUUCAUCUUCUCUGUCUAGCUGGUCUUGUCCCAGUCACCAACCUGCAGCCUGUCCUUCACAACUACACUCUAAUCAAAUCCUCCAAAACAUGGUCGCUGGCACAGGAUUACUGCAGGACAUUUUUUGGUGACUUGGCUACUAUCGUGAGUAACGAUGACUGGGUGAAAGUGAUGGCACUGGCAAAGGCAACUGCGACAUCGCAAGCCUGGAUCGGAUUGUACAACGACGUCAACAGCUGGCGCUGGUCCUUCCACAACAUCUCGCUAAUCACUGCAGGUUUUAGCAACUGGUACUCCUCACAGCCUGAUAAUAACAUUGGCAAAGAAUCAUGUGCAGUAAUAGACACAGGAGGACAAUGGUGGGACUUUCCCUGCGCGAACCUGUACCCCUUUAUAUGCUACAAUGGUAGCUACAGUGGUGCGGCGAGGUUCGUUGGUGUCACUAAUGUCCAGUUGAGUUGGUCCGGCGCUCAGGCUUACUGUCGAGAGUUUCACACUGACUUGGCAUCUGCAAUCAACUCAGGCGAUAACAGCCAGUUAGCUGCUGUGGCACUGCAGCAGGGUAUUUCUUGGUUUGGACUGUACAGAGACACUUGGAAGUGGUCCGAUGGGACAAAAGUGUCCAACCUAACAUGGCUCCCUGCGCAGCCCAAUAACUUUUAUAGACCUGAGAACUGUGGCAGGUUUAAUAACGGUCCGUUUAGUGAUGAAACAUGCAGUAAUACUUACAAUUUCUUCUGCCACAUAGUUAUUCCAGUAAGACACAAGCAAGUAGUAAAACUGCAGCUGAUGUCAUAUGAUACAACGUUAGAUGCUGUUUUGCAGCCGACUGUUUUAGAGCUGAUAAAACAGAAAAUGGAUGAAUACGGCAUGUUGUUUAACUCCACAGUGAGCUUCAGGGUGCAGCAGUCAGACGGGAACGUCUUCUACAAGAAACCCAGAAAUUAA